AUGACGCGAAGAGGGAAGCGCGAGCCGCUCGGACCCGGANGGACAAGCCCGCAGCCGCCACGCUACAGCCGGCUCCUCCCGACGCGCCGUCGCCCACUUCCGGUGGGGGGAGCUGGAGUCCGUUAUUCCGGCGGGUCUGGCGUGUACCGGGCGCAUGCGCGUCCAGCUCCGGCGCCGUCCGCGUCUCCGCCGCCGCCCGACUCCGGCAGGACCGAGCCACAUGGCGAGCGGCGGCCCCAGCUGUCCCCGCCGCCCCGGGGGCCGCCCGAGGGGCUCCGAGGGGCCGUGGCGCCCGAAGACGACGAGGAAGAGCCGGGGGACCCCGAGGGGGAGGAGGAGGAGGAGGGCGAGGAGGAAGAGGAGCCGGACCCCGAGGCCCCGGACAACGGCUCCCUGCCGCGCUUCAACUUCACCCUGAAGGACCUGACCCGCUUCGUGGAUUUCAACAUCAAGGGGCGCGACGUGAUCGUGUUCCUGCACAUCCAGAAGACCGGGGGCACCACGUUCGGCCGGCACCUGGUGAAGAACAUCCGGCUGGAGCAGCCGUGCAGCUGCAAAGCCGGCCAGAAGAAGUGCACCUGCCACCGGCCCGGCAAGAAGGAGACGUGGCUCUUUUCCCGCUUCUCCACGGGCUGGAGCUGCGGGCUGCACGCCGACUGGACGGAGCUCACCAACUGCGUGCCGGCCAUCAUGGAGAAAAAAGACUUUCCCCGCAACCACAGCCACACCAGGAAUUUCUAUUACAUCACAAUGUUGCGUGAUCCAGUGUCCCGUUACCUGAGCGAGUGGAAACAUGUCCAGAGAGGGGCCACAUGGAAAACCUCCCUCCACAUGUGUGAUGGGAGAAGCCCCACCCCCGAUGAGCUGCCUACCUGCUACCCCGGGGACGACUGGUCUGGGGUUAGCUUGCGGGAGUUCAUGGACUGCACCUACAACCUGGCUAACAACCGCCAGGUGCGCAUGCUGGCUGACCUCAGCCUGGUGGGCUGCUACAACUUGACUUUCAUGAACGAGAGCGAGAGAAACACCAUCCUGCUGCAGAGCGCGAAAACCAACCUGAAGAACAUGGCCUUCUUUGGGCUCACAGAAUUCCAGAGGAAGACACAGUUCCUCUUCGAGAGGACAUUCAACCUCAAGUUCAUCUCUCCCUUCACACAGUUCAACAUCACGCGGGCUUCCAACGUGGAGAUCAAUGAGGGUGCUCGCCAGCGCAUCGAGGAGCUCAACUUUCUGGACAUGCAGCUUUAUGAGUACGCGAAAGAUCUCUUCCAGCAGCGCUACCACCACACCAAGCAGCUGGAGCACCAGAGGGACCGGCAAAAGAGGAGGGAGGAGCGGAGGCUGCAGCGGGAGUAUAGGGGCCACAGGUGGCCCAAAGAGGAUGGGAACACAGAGGGGGCGGUCACGGAGGACUACAACAGCCAGGUGGUGAGGUGGUGACCCCCUGCCCUCUCUUCCCUCUGGAGGGGGGGUGAGCAGGCACACUGGCCUUCUGUGGCGUUACCUUGGAGACUGUUGGGCCGUUCUGAGGACAUCUGGCUGUAUGUGGCUUGAGUUGGACGCCUGCUCCCUCUUUGUCUUCAUCUUUAUCCAGCUGGAGAUGAUAGGCCUUGUUCUUUACUUGCUGACAUUUUCUAAUCUGUGAUAUUAAGUAGGGUAGGAAUGCAUCCAGUAUAGACCAUUUCAGAAGGUCAAGGAGAGAAGCACCGAAAAGGAAGCAGUCCUUGCAAUCUCCUUGGCAGCAACACAGGUUAUCGUCCGGGUGACUGGAACCCACAGAGGCAGACAUGAAAAGCCAAACUGUGGCUUGGAUGUUCUGCUGAAACUGGUGUGUUUCAUGCUGUCUCUGUAAUGGAAAUAUUGAUCUGUUUAAAGAGAGAGAGAAAAAGAAGUCCCUUUCAGCCCUUUGAUGAGGUUUUAGGCCAACCUCCCUUUGCUGUUGGCUGUCACCUUUGAACUCUAUUUGAAUGUGGUUUAAAUCAGAAGAGUGAUGUGUUUUGUUGCAGUCUUUUAAAACAAGAUUAUCCUACUAUUGACCAUCACUAGAGACCCACAAUCUACGAAGCCCUGCAUCCCAGCCCUGAGCCAUGUUUCCUUCCCCACUUUUUAAGGGAACUGCAAGAGGAUUCAGGACAGGGUGCCCAUGGCCCCUGAGAAAUGAACAUUGGUAGGGGCAUUUAGGAGAAAACGUGCUUACUAACUAAUGCCUAAGGAGAUCACUCUUUACCAAGUUUUAUUUUUGAUGUAAGGAAUGAAUG